UUUGAGACAAGGAGUGACGGUAUUAGGAGAGUGGCCGUGUGCUGCUGGUGCCUUAUUUAACAUGGAUUUACGCUGGUCAGGACGGUGACACGGGCCGCGGCUGCCUGUGAGUGCUGGUGUAAGCUUGGUGUCUGGCUGAGAGUGCCAGCUGUGGCCUGGAGCUGCUGAGAACUGCCAUCAACACUACAAUACUGGGACAAGGUCGAGGCGUCACCAGCACAAUGUCUGAGGAGGAGGACUGCCAGGAAUUGAGUGCGGAGGAGGAGCUCGCAGCACGCCACCGCAAGGAAAAGAAAGAGCUGCAGGCCAAGGUCCAGCAGAUGAAGAAGAUGGUGAACAAGGACAAGAAGAAGAAGAAGGAGGUGCUGGAGGAGAUCACCCAGUUGGAGAAGGACCUGAAGCAGCGCCACGCAGAGGAGCUGGCCCUCCUCAAGGCAUCCGAGGAGACGGUUGUGGUGACUGAUGUGGGCAGUGAGGUGGCAGUGUUGUCUCUGGAGGAGGAGGAGGAGGAGGAGGGCGUCCAAGAUAACGAAGCCAGUUCACCACCACAGGAAGGGAAACCCACAGAGAAGAAGGUGAGUAAGGCGGAGAAGCGACGAAAGAAGAAGGCGGAGGCAAAUCGAGAGCGGGAGGCGAGGAUAAAGGAGGAGAUGGCCAACAACAAGAAUUGCGCCAGGAAUGUGGAGGCCGAGAAACUCAAGGAACUCCUCAGAGAACGACAACUCAAGAUGCACGAAAUUGAGCCUGAUGGAAACUGUAUGUACGCUGCCAUUGCACACCAGGCUGGCAACAACACAACAGUCCCAGGGUUAAGAGCACAAGCGGGGCAGUUUAUUCGCAGCAACUUCAGUGACUUUGCCCCCUUCAUCACCGACCCCAAGACAGGAGAGAUGCUGACCCCUGAACAGUUCUCUGAGUACUGUGACCUCAUUGUCAAAACACCAGCUUGGGGGGGACAGCCAGAGCUGCGUGCCUUGUCCCAGGUGUUGCAUAGGAGAAUAGAGGUGCUGCAGGCUGAAGGUUCUCCUAUUGUGUUUGGUGAGGACUGGACCCAGCACAAGACAAUCCACUUAGCCUAUUACCGCCACUACUACGGCCUCGGGGAACACUACAACUCUGUCACGCCUCUCAACCCAGUGGAAGCCUGACGUACAUACACUAGUUAGGAAAACGAGAGAGAGAGAGAGAGAGAGAGACAUGAUAGUUAAAGAUUAUAAUUGAUGUAAAAAUUUGAGAAAGACAACUGAAAACUAAAAUAAGAUAAAAAAGAAAUUGAAAGGAAACAAAAAUUAGGUGUGAAAGAGAGAAAGAGAGAGAGAGAGAGAGAAAGAGAGUCAUAUCAUAUCCUGGUGAUUUAAGGACAUAUAAUAUUUUGUGUUCAUUUUUUUAUUAUCAUUAUUGUAGGCUACAGUACAGUGCAAAGUAUGUACUCUUAAAUGCUUUGCUACCCUUGUCUUCACUUUUAACAUGGUGUGAUUGACAGUGUGUAUGUUUCCUUCAACAAGUGUUCAAUGUAGAGAAACGAGUGGAUUGCUUCAGUAUCACACAUCUCUUGCCUCUAACACAUGCUAUCCCCACUCGCAUCCAGUGACUCAGUGUGGAUAAACGUGGAUUGUUGUGUGUGUGUGUGUGUGUGUGUGUGUGUUAUAUCGUCAUCUUCCAUAAGCAGGUAGUGAGUUGUUUGUGUAGCAGCUGAAGUGUUGUGAGAAGUAAAUUAUUGGGUUAGGUUAGGUCAGGAAGUUUAGCCUAUAUAUUGUGCUUCCUAUGUUGUUUCUUGUCUUUUUAUCCUGUCCAUUAAUUUCUUCCAAUGACUUUCUCUCUUCCUCAUUUCAUACUCUAUUUCUUUGUUUUCUUC